AUGGCGUGGCGCUGCACUAUGCAGACUCCCGAGUACCCAGACGGGCGCGACAUCGUGCUGAUCGCCAACGAUGUGACGCACCAGGCGGGAUCCUUCGGCGUGAAGGAGGACGUCUUCUUCCAGAAGGCCUCUGCUCACGCCAGGGAGAGGGGCCUGCCGCGGAUCUACAUCUCCUGCAACAGCGGCGCGCGCGUCGGCCUCGUGGAGGAGCUGAAGCCCCACAUCCAGGUGAAAUGGACAGUCCCCGACGACCCCAGCAAGGGGUACGAUUACCUGUACCUCUCCGAGCAGAGCUACAGGAAGUUCGGCGAGGGCGUAGUCGCGGCCCACAAGGUGACCAGCGGCGAGGAGGUGCACUACGCCAUCGACGCAAUCAUCGGCCAGGGCAUGGCGUCCACGGCCGGCGGCAUCGGCGUCGAGAACCUGCAGGGCUCGGCUCUGAUCGCCGGCGAGACGUCCCGGGCGUACGACGAGGUAUUCACCCUGUCCUACAUCACGGGGCGAUCCGUUGGCAUCGGCGCGUACUUGAACAGGCUGGGCCAGCGCACCAUCCAGAUGGUGAACGGCCCCAUGAUCCUGACAG